AUGGCAGUCCUGGGUUUUGAUUUGGUGAAUGUGUGUGCAGACGGCAGUGAUAUCCCUGCGUGGGUGGAGCAGAAGCGCGGCACACUGCACUUCAGUACCGUGACGCGGGCGGAUGCCGGGAACUACACCUGCCUCGCCUCCAACAGCCAGCAGGGAGAGAUCAGAGCCGUCGUCCAGCUCACCGUCGCAGUUUAUGUGGCGUUUAAGCUCAAGCCGGAGAAUAUGACAGUAUAUCAGGGACACACCGCAGUGCUUCACUGUCAGGCCACUGGAGACCCUCCUCCCUUUAUACAGUGGAAGAAAAAAGACAAAUUUCUGGAGGCAGACAAGAGCAGAUUCCAGAAGAUGCCCAACGGCUCUCUGGUGGUUCAUGACGUCAGCACGGAGGACACAGGAAGCUACACCUGCAUCGCAGGAAACAGCUGUAACAUUGCACACACUUCAGCAGAGCUCUACGUUGUUG